CUGCAGCCACCGGUCUGACAAAUGCUGCUACUUUUGCUGGUGACGGGUCACCGUAGCCGCUCCGCCGCUCGUUUUCCUGCAAACCUCAAGGUUAGCUGUGUGAGAGGGCAGCUGCCCGCGUCCGGGAUUUCUCCAGGUGGUAGCAGCAGGAAGACUGGGACUCUAUCCCCCCUCCCUCUCCACUCCACCCCCCCAACCGGCACAGGUGCACAGAGGCCAGCUGGGUCUAUUCUGAAGCAGCAUGCAGGAUAACGCGGAGGAGCCACCGUGCCUGUCCCAGCUGUUAAGGGCGAGCUACGUGGCGGAGGCCCGAGCCCAGCACCGCCACAACGAGACCAGUCGCUCCGACGCUUCUCCCACCCGCCUUCAGAUUUACGGCUCUCUCAAAGGCAAAGGCGAGGAAGCCGUGGGCCACAACGACGCCCAGUUCCCAGAUCUGUCAGCCUUCCUCAGCCAGGAGGAGCUGGAUAAGAGCGUGAACUUGGCCCGCCAGGCCAUUGGACACGAGACCCGUGAGGAGAGAGGAGAGGUCAAGGCCUCGGCGAUGCCAGGAACCACCUCCAACAGCGACGCCAUCAACCACCUCUCCUCUGCCUCGGUUUCUUUAUCCUCUCCCUCUGCUGCCGCGGUCUCCAACCAUCUGCCUGCUUCCUCAGCCACAACCUUCACCUCUGACAGAACGAUGCGCAGCCAGCAUAACGACGUGACGAGGAACAACGUGGACUCCCCCGAAGGAUUAAACAGCAGCAGCGGUCCGGCAAAGAGUACCCCGUACGGUCCGGAGACCCAGUCCAAGAAAGAGUUCCUCAACAAGGCGGCAGAUUUCAUCGAGGAGCUGUCUUCCCUCUUCAAGGCCAACAGCUCCAAACGGGUCCGACCGAGAGCCUGCAAGGCCCACAGGAGCAGGAGCCAGAGCAAAAGCCAAGCGGACGAUGGGGUUUAUCCCAUCGGCUCUGACACCAGGGAGCGCUCCGUCGCCCCAGUGGAGGUGGAGCAGGAGAGACCUGGCCCAGCGGAGGCCCACCAGCCGGUGGCCCAUCGGGACUCGGGGAGCGGACAUUUGGAGUUUCAGGACCGCAGAGCUCCUGAGGAAGAGCUGCUUGACUUUGUUUCCCAGGAAACUAUGGAUCUGGCCGAGAGUCUUGCGCCGACAGAGAGUCCACAUCCAGCCGAGCCGGCGUGUGAGCCUCCCCAUUUCAUCCAGAAACUGAAGAGCAGGGAGGUUCCCGAAGGUACCAAGGUCCAGCUGGACUGCAUUGUGAGCGGAUAUCCUGCGCCUGAAGUCCGGUGGUUUUGUGAGGGAAAGGAGCUGGAAAACAGCCCCGACAUUCAGAUCCUCACCGACGGCGAGCUGCACUCGCUGAUCAUCGCCGAGGCGUUCGAGGAAGACACCGGCCGCUACUCCUGCUUUGCCUCGAACGUCUACGGGACAGACUCCACGUCGGCGGAGAUCUACGUCGAAGGUGCUUCCUCUUCAGACUCUGAGGCCGAGCAGCGCUUUGAACAUGUAGCCCAGCUGCAGCGGAUACCUCCAAAGUCCUCUCCACCUUUGCCUCAAUCAUCAAACCAAAGCCGAGCUGCAAAGGAGGACGACUCGGCAGCGUCUCAGCCUGCAGCACCCGCAGUCGGACCAGAGGAGGAACUUUCCUCUGAACUUACCCAAACCGCUCCAGAAGCUCCUCCACCGGUCCGGACGUCUGCCACCAUACUCCAGGUGCCGGAGCUCUCCACGGUGUCCCUGGCUCCUCCUGCUGGGGAGGAGCUAAGAGUGUUACCUGUGCAGGUGUUUCCACCCUCAGCAGGGAUAAGAGAAGCUACAGAAACCCAGGGGGAAUCAGAGGUCAUCCCGGUGGUUUCAGCGCCACAGCUGGACCUGACAGCUGGAUCCACGUUCACGACGCUGCCUUUAGACCCAGCUGUGUCCGCCAUCCUAUCAGCUGCACCACAAACACCCAAACUUCAGACUCCAGCCUUCAGUCUGCACCAUCCAGAAGAAACAAACGGACAACCUGCCAUGGCAGCGCCGGUGUUCACCAAGAGCCUGCAGGACCUCAGUGCAUCAGAAGGCCAGCUGGUGGUGCUGGAGUCCCGGGUGAAAGGAGUCCCCUCCCCCCGGGUGGACUGGUACAGAGAAGGAAAAGUCAUAGAGGACUCUCCUGAUUUCAGAAUCCUACAGAAAAAGCCCAGAUCUCCGGCAGAAUCAGAGGAAAUAUGCACGUUGGUCAUAGCUGAGGUGUUUCCAGAGGACUCAGGGAUGUUUACCUGCACGGCCAACAACAAGUAUGGGACGGUCUCCAGCACUGCUGCGCUGAGAGUCAAAGCCAAUGGCUGCAACAGCUCCCAUGUGAGGCCUUCCAGCGGUUUGCUGUCAGACUCCCGGCGAAGCCAAGAGGCAGCUGUGAACUGUCAGCCAGAGGUUACGGUGAGCAGCAGCAUCAAACCCCACGCCAGCGUCGUCCGCCUCGAGCCGCUCGUUUCCAGCACCUUACGCCUGGACCCGUUAAACACCAGCGCCCUGCGUCUGGAACCCUCCGCCCUGAACCCAGACGCCGUCUCGCCCCACCGGGACCUGCAGGGGUCCGGUGUCCAGAGCCCCAGGCAGGUCUUCUCCACUCAAAGGCCCUUCACCGUCUCGCCCGCCGAGGUGACCACGUCUGUGCAGAGAGCGUCCCGACCCUCAGACAGAGGCGCCAACGCCGGCUCCAUUGUGGUCCCUCUGCCUGACCCGCCGCCCAACUCCUGCCUGAAAACAGGCACCCUGACGAACCACAGAGACCCCCGCUCCGGCUCCAGAGUCGGCCUGCGCGUGCACUUCAAGCUCCCCGAGGAUGAGGAGGACGAAGAACAAGGGGACUGGUCCCACCACUCUGAUGAAGACCUUGGUCUGGCGUCGUCCAGCAAAGAGCCGCCGCCAGUGAGGGCCAAACCCAAGCUGGACCCGGCUCAGCUUCAGCUCCUGCACAACCAGGUCCUCCUGGAGCAGCAGCAGGAGAGCGAACCUCAGACCAAAUCCCACAGCCAACCUCCGCCCCAGCCCCCAUUCCAGGUCCCGGUGCCGCCUGGGGUCCAAAGUCCCCCCGGAGGUCCGGUGUGGUCCUCCAGAAUGCACCCUGAACCCCCGGGGCCAUCGUUUCAGUCGCAUCCCUCUGCACCUCCGCUGACCUCCACCACACCUCCUGCUCCUUCGUUCAGCUCCCCACCAUCACUCAUCAGCACCUCCUGGACGCCUCCGUCUGCUCCUCACCUCAACGCCUCCCCCCUGGUGGCCAGCUUGCCCCCCGUAGGGCAGACCGCCACCCUCCAUGCCUCCCAUCUGAACCUCUCCCCCGCAGCUCUGGGCAGGACUCCCCCCAAACCCCAGUUCAGCUCCCCCGCCGCACCGAAGCUCGCCGCCGCUCCGACGGAUUCCGCCUCCACCUUGCUGCAGAUCACGUCGCCGACUCCUCAGCUCAGGAGCACGCACGCCUCCCUCAUGAACCUGACGGCCGUGUCCUUCAACUACACCCGGCCCAAAGAGUUCAUAGCGGCCCAGACCCUCUCCCCCGUCAGGAGCCCGUCUCCGACAGAGUCACCGGUUCCUCUGCUCCAGGAGCUGGCCGCCGAGCUCAACUCCUCGGCGGCCAGCUCCCCGAUCCCCCCGCCGUUCUCCCCGCCGCUCAGGUUCUCCCCCACACGGGUGCUGAAGUCCCCCACCAGCCCUCCGUCGCUUGUGUCCUCACCCACGCCGGGGUGGGGGUCGUUCCUGAACAGCACCCCCGGCCUGCGCGCUCAGUCCCCCCCUCAGGCCUCCUCUCCCACCUCCAGCAGCUCCUCGCCCAGCCCCAUUCAGAACCCGGUGGCCUUCCUGAGCUCCGUGCUGCCGUCUCUGACCCCGAGUCAACCCACCAACUCAAUGGGGCUCCCCAAAGGAGCGCCGGCAGGGGUCCGAAAGAAGACCCCCAAGACCCGCCUGCCCUCCGCUGAAAACAUCCGUGAAAGCAAAGAGCUCCUCCUCCAGGACAUCGGGAAGAAACUCCAGCUGAGAAACGACGCUCCACAAUUUGCCCAUCAGCAGAAGCUGAGUAAUAAGGGGAAAACAGCGAGCAGUCUCCUUGGACCAAACAAUGCUGCUACUGUCAUUAACUAUGAUGAGGAGUACAAAGUGUCCAAUUUCGAGCAGCGACUGAUGAGCGAGAUCGAGUUUCGUCUGGAGCGAACGCCGGUGGAGGAGUCGGACGACGAGGUGCAGCACGAGGACGUCCCCUCUGGAAAAUGCAUCGCGCCGGUCUUCGACAAGAAGCUGAAGAACUACAAGGCGAUGGAAGGCGUGCCCGCGACCUUCACCUGCAAAGUGUUGGGCGUGCCUCCUCCCAAGGUUUACUGGUUCAAGGACGGCAAACAGAUCCUGAAGAAGAACGUCCACUACCAGAAGAUGAGGGAAGGCGACGGGGUCUGCUCCUUACACAUCGAGUCCACCACCAGCGACGACGACGGAAACUACACCAUCAUGGCCGCCAACCCACAGGGGAGAAUCAGCUGCUCGGGACAUUUGAUCGUCCAAACUGGACCUCCGCGGAGCCGGCUGACGCCCGUUCAGUCUCAGAGGGUUCGAGCUCGCAUCCAGGAGGUCGAAGGAGAACAAACCCAGGAGCGUUUUUUCCGGCCUCACUUCCUCCAGGCCCCCGGAGACAUGAUGGCUCACGAGGGCAGACUGUGCAGACUGGACUGUAAAGUGAGCGGGCUCCCCAACCCGGAGCUGAUGUGGCUGGUCAACGGGAGGCCCAUCUAUCCGGACCUCAACCACAAGAUGCUGGUGCGGGAGAACGGCGUCCAUUCCCUGGUCAUUGACCCGCUGACGCAGAACGACGCGGGCACGUACACGUGUAUUGCGAGCAACAAGGCGGGACAGAGCUCCUUUAGUCUGGAACUGAAAGUUGUCGAGAAAGAGAUGAAGCACCCGCCCCAGUUUGUGGAGAAGCUGCAGAACAUGGGCAUUCCUGAGGGCGCCCCGGUGAGGCUGGAGUGCCGAGUCGCCGGCAUGCCGCCUCCGGCCAUCUUCUGGAAGAAGGACAACGAGACCAUUUCAAAAACAAAGAGCAGAAUCAGCAUGACCCAGGACAGCACAGGAUAUGUGUGUCUCCUUAUUCACCCGACAACAAAAGAUGAUGCUGGCUGGUACACUGUGUCAGCAAAGAACGAUGCUGGAGUUGUAUCUUGCACCUGCAGACUUGAUAUCUAUGCACAGUGGCAUCAGAGUAUCCCAGCACCAAUGAGGAAAGCUCCCCGAACGAGCAGCCGCUACGCCGCUCUGACAGGCCAGGGCCUCGACAUUAAGUCGGCUUUUUCCACAUCAGACACCAGCCCCAUCCUGUUCGCCAGCUCCCCUCCCGAGGCCACCCUGGAGAGCGAGGAGCUGUGAGCGCUUGUGGGGAUCCUCGGAGGACUUUCAGCGUGUUUUGUGACCCCCCCCCCCCCCCCACCCCCCGUACCCCCACCCUGACAUCAAAAACAGGACGAGACAGGAAAAAAGAGUUUAACCAAGCAGAUUUUGUGUGAUACAUUUGAAGUGUUGUGUUCAGAUUGCAGCAGCAGAGGUGUAAUUUGUUAAAGCAAUCAGCACUAAUAGCGAGUUUUUCACCAUUCCUAUUUACUCAAGAAUAUGAACAAAGUUUUACAUACGGAAGAGAGAGAAAAAAAACAAAAACAUACACAGUCUUAGCAAAGUGACAUGAGCCGCUUGUGGAGAGGGAUGUUUUUUUUUUCCCCUUUUAGGUUUGAUUGACUCACUUACUUUUGACUUUAGCUGUGAAGAAUUAGCUGUAAUGAUUAAUGUGGUGACAUCUGCUCUUAAUUGUCAGUCCUGUUCUUUAAGUGGUUCUUGUACCGCCUAGUUUUACUGUGAUAAGUUAUAAGUUAUUGAUCACCAACAUUCAGAUGUAGGAUAUGCAUACAGACACUUUUCAGAUCCUUUUAAGUCAAUUUUUGUUUGUCUUAAAUUAGAAACUAUAACAGACUUAAAUGUUUUUUGUUUUUUUAAACCAAUCUACAUAAAAAUGUCCAAAUUUAUUCUCCAAAAUAUAAGAGGAAAUCCUGAUCAAUGCCAAUGGUGCUCCUGCCCUCAAAUUCAACAUGCAUGUGAAAAAGUAUUUAAUCCCUCAGAGAUUCCCUCAACAUUUUCAUUCUUUGUCACACACAAAUGUUUAAAGAUAACUAAUCAAAAUUUUUAAUCAAACAACUUGUGAAGGUUUUACAUAGACCAGCCAAAGAGACAUUGAUGAAAUUUCAAAAAUAUAUUCUUAAUUUAUUACAAAAAUCCAAAAAUUAUUCAAAAAUCAUAAAUUGGGGCCCAAAAACUGAGGUCAACAUAACAAACUACAACUCAGGUAGUAACACAAAGAACUCAAGCACAAAACUGACCUAACAAAUGAGACAUGAGGGGGAACUUAAAUAGUGGCUGAUCAGACCACUGCUAAUUCAUUCACAGGGGGUAGUUAAACACACAAGAACUUAAACAAAUACUGGUCAGCACAUAACUAAAUCUUUAAAUUGGAUAAAUAUUACUAUUGAACUAAGUUACAAAAAGAAGAUACAUUAAAAAAA